AGCGGGAUAGUGAGGGCAUGGCGGCUGUGGGGGUCGGCAGCCAGGGGGUCCCGCUCCCCUCUCGGCUGGGCCGCUGGUGCCGGCCCCGUGUCCAGCACCCAGCACCCAGCAGUGCUCAAGAUCUGCUGAAGAGAACGGGCGGCUCACGGUAUUGAGAACCUGCCGUGCGAGCUGCAGAGGAACUUCCAGCUUAUGCGGGAGCUGGAUCAGAGAACAGAAGACAAGAAAGCAGAGAUUGACAGCCUGGCAGCAGCAUACAUCGAGUCUGUGAAGAACAUGUUACCUGAGGAGAGAGUGGAGCACCUGAGGAAGAUCCAGAGUGCCUACAGCAAGUGCAAAGAGUACAGUGAUGACAAAGUGCAGCUGGCCAUGCAGACCUAUGAGAUGGUGGAUAAGCACAUCCGCCGGCUGGAUGCAGACUUGGCGCGCUUCGAAGCUGAUCUCAAAGAUAAACUGGAAGGCAGCGACUUCGAAACCCCUGCAUCCCGAAGCCUGAAAAAGGGAAGAAGUCAGAAAGACAAAAGAAGCUCUCGUGGUCGAGGCAGAAGAACAUCUGAAGAAGAUACACCAAAGAAAAAGAAGCUCAAAGGAGGGUCUGAGUUUGCUGAUACCAUCCUGUCAGUGCAUCCCUCGGAUGUCCUGGACAUGCCAGUGGAUCCCAACGAGCCCACGUACUGCCUGUGUCACCAGGUGUCCUAUGGAGAGAUGAUUGGCUGUGACAACCCCGAUUGCCCAAUCGAGUGGUUCCACUUUGCAUGUGUGGACCUGACCACCAAACCCAAAGGGAAAUGGUUUUGUCCUCGUUGUGUUCAGGAAAGAAAGAAAAAGAAGUAAGGAGUAGAGGGGGAUACACCGCCGAGGCAAGAAGAAUUUAAUAUAUUCCUUCGUUCAUGUUGCAAUAUUACCUUUGAUUAUUUUUUGUUAAUCUAUCCUCCAUCUUUUUCCAGUAUGAUAUUUAAUUAUCCAGUGGCCAGUUGAAAUUCCUGUUCUUUCCUAAGACAAUGACUUUGGGAGGGAGUCCCAAAUCCCUUUGCCACGGAGAUUUUAUUUAUGUUAGUCUUGCACAAUAAUACUGAGGGAGGGUGUUGCCUUUUCUGGCUGUUUCCAUUUCCCUGAAGAUUCUUUAAGUACAUCACUGUGAAAAUGAAACCUACAGUAUUCUUGGAGAGAGACAAGGUCAGAUUUAUUCACAAAAUAAGAUGAAGGCCUGAAUUGUUAGCAGUGAUUGCCUGUGUGGCACAUGGGUAAAUCAGGAAAUCAGGUUUUAGGAAAAGGCUCCAUGAGGACAGUUGUUCUGCUGUUGAAGAAGGCCAUUCAGGAAUGUUGUAACAGAACUUCUUGUCUUUUUUUAAUGGGCCACGUUUGCAUUGUCUGGCUGCCUUUCAGAUGAUGAAUGUGAAUCUUUGCAUUAGCACAGUGUCAGUGGCUGCAGCAGAAGGGGGAGAGGAAGUCAGGAGCUGGAAAGCAAAAGUCUCUCUUUUUUUCCUUCCUCUGAGGUACAGUGGGUGCAAAAGUUGAGAGAAGAGCAAAGUCUUGCCUUCAUAUCUGUCUUCUGCAUCAUGAGGCUUACCUGCCUUCAGUGGAAGAUGUAGUGGGGAAAGGUGUUGCAGGUUUCCUUCCUGCUGGUGUAAGGUGGAAAAAAAAAGUUCCAAACUCAUGAACUUUGCUGGCUCUGGUCCCUAGUGGGUGUUGGUGGCUGCUGUGUGCAGGGCUGUGUGCUGGUUUCCAUACCAGUGUGCAGGAGCUCUUGGUACAGACUGCUGGAAAGGCAGGAAGAAGCUCCCAGACAAACUUUUCUUCUGCUGAAUAAACAGCACAGAAGAUUAAGAACACUUCUACUCAGAUUCUGGCACCUGUUUUCAAAAGAAAUGAGGCUUUUCUUGUUACAUUGAGCUUCUUACUCAUGUUUUGCAAUGAAGGAAAGUAGACCACAGCUCCUGCCACCUCUCCUUCCCCCUGUGGGGCUUUGUGCCUGCUGCUGAUGUAGAAAAAUCCUCUCAAUUGUGAGGCAGCUUUUCUGUGGACACUGAUUUAUGGCAGGAAAAAAGGAUGGAUUUUAGGAAAAAAAUCCCUGUCUUCAGGGUCCUGUCAUUUCCAGUGUGAUGCUCAGAUGUCUUUAUUAAAUUCCAUCCUGGAGAGAGGAAGUUCCCAUAGUUCUGUGUAUGGAAAUGCACAUUUGUCAUUGCUGCCACAGAACAGCACGUGGAAAGCAGGCAGGGAAAUUAAAGCCAGAGUCCUGGAUGGAAGGAGAGGAACAGCACAGUCACACACGCCUGCAGUACAGCAAGCCCUCUUCUUCCUCCUGCCUCUUCAUGAGAGCAAAUUAAUGAUACCUCAUGAGCCAGCCUGUAAUCCAGUCCCAGAGGGUGAGAGCUGCUCCUCCUUCCCCACUGCACUAGACUGAGUUGGAGCAUUGCUGCGUCCUGUGUUAAUGCUGUUCCAGGUUUUGUUUUCCCCUUUCACCCAAUGGUAUUGUAGGCUUUUCUUUCUGCUUUUCCUAAGGUUUUGUUAGUACUGGUAUUGCCAUGGAUUAAGCAUUUGAUUUGAAGCAAUCUCAGAAUUCCACUCUGGAGAUCUUGCUGGAAACAUGCCAUGAGGGAAGAGAGCAGCUAUGGGUGAGCCAGUGUGGAGCUGAGUUCCCUCAGCUCCAAAAUUCUGGCUAGGUAGGACAACAAAAUACAUUCUUAAAAGUACUUUUGUGGCUCUGAAGAGCAUUUUCCAUUUGAACCAGCAAAGCAAAAAGGAAAACAAGCUCUGGAAGGUAGAGCCCUUAAAAGGAAAAUAAUUUGCUAGGAAUGAUGAAUAGUGUGAGGUACAACAUUCUCCUCUUCUUUACAACCUCUUUGAUGUGUAAAGCAUCUGAGAUCUGAUACCAGCAAUAAACUCUCCUACUGGGAACAUGCCAGUUCAGGGCUUGGAUGGGCUCAGGAGUGUCUCCUGCCCUCUUACACCUGUCGGUAGAGAUUUUUUACAACUCCUUGUAGAUAGAAAUACCAGCAGCCUUCAUUUUUGCUUCCUAAAGAAUUUAAAUCUUCUGACUUUUGAAUGUACAGUGUUAAAUAUUUCCUGGAGAAGGGUGAUCCCUAAAGGAACACCCCACUAAACAUUACCCCAAAAAACCCCUGACAGGGGCCCAGCUUUAUUUACUGCAGCUCAUCCAAACUGGAGGUCGAAACCUGACUUUCACCCAAUUCCCGAAACGAUAAAAAAAAAAAAAAUAA